CAAAGUACCGGUGCUGACCCCUGACAACCAUCCCUGAACUGGUUCGGGACCGCCGACGUAUAGAAACCCUUCUAGUUACUACCCAUACUCCGACUGUCCAUCGAAUGACCACCUCCCGACCCGUUUCGCCGGCCCUGUCGACCUCCUCCACAUCAUCGUCGUUGGACAUUCUCAAAUCGUUUGCCGUUCCGAUCCGAGAACCGACCGCUCCGGAGAGCGAAGUCACCAUCGAAGUGACCGGGUUAGAAAAGGGUGUAAAACUUGCGGUAGAUGCUGGACCCGGGUGCGGAGGGAUCGCGUGGCCUGCUGGAGAGGUGCUCAGCAACUACCUGGCAUACAGACACGGUCUAGAACCAGAUAAGCUCCGGGACAAGACCGUCAUCGAGUUGGGAAGCGGGACGGGGUUGGUAGGAUUGGUCGUCGGUCUGCUUGAACCGUCCGCCCGGAUAUGGAUCACCGAUCAAGAACCAUUACUACCUCUCAUGAAAGAAAACGUCCUCCUAAACUUUCCCACCACCGCCUCCCCACCCGUACACGUCUCUGAGCUUGACUGGGGAACCACCCCGCCUUCUUCGUUGCCCUCCAGCCCGGACAUCAUCUUAGCGGCCGACUGUGUAUACUUUGAACCGGCUUUCCCUCUACUUGUAGAGACGUUAUGCGGACUAUGUCCGAUAGGGGAAGAUAGGGAGGUCUUGUUCUGCUGGAAGAAGCGAAGAAAGGCCGACAUGCGCUUCUUCAAGAUGCUCAAGAAGCACUUCUCGUCGUCUCCCGUUGAAGACGACCGGCCGGGAGAACGGGAACGGUACGAGCGGGAGGGAGUCAAGCUGAUGAGGCUCGUUAGGAUCAAGUGAGUAUCGUACCCUUUGUCGUAUCGAGAAAAAAACGCCCUCUAGGGAUUGGGAGAAACCGAGAAAGGGAGGAAGAUGGAUGAGACUCCACGGAGGUCGGGAUUAUAUUGUACGACGAGUAGAGUUGUAGUGGCCAGAUACACCAAUCGUAUACCCGCCUGA